AUGCUCGCCUUGUCCUCCAAGCCUGCUUUGGCGACGCCCGCCCUCGUGGCCCUGCUCAGCCUGCUCCAGCGCGCGUUCGUCCCCGUUGCUGACGUCCAGGAGGGCUUCCUGCCAGAGCUCCGCGCCGCCGCCGAUCAAGACGGCGUGCCGGCAGCGGACACCACGGCCCUGCGCGGCUGCUGCGGGGAGCCCGCCGCCUUCCGCUGGGUGCUGCCAGAGGCGCCCGCUCGCGCGGGCGAGCUGCUGCGCACGCGCCUGCUGGCCGUGGACGCGCAGGGACGGCCCGCCCGCGCCACCGCCUGCGCCACCCUCCGCGUCAACGUCAGCCUGCAGCCCCGCCGGCGGCUGGGCUCCUUCCUACAGCUGGCGCUGCAGAGAGAGCGUGCGACGUGGCGCCGCCGGCCCGCUUGCAGGAGCGGCCACGCCCGCGCGGUGGGCGUGGCGGCCUGGCGAGGCCACGAGUUGCACCUGGAUCUCGUCAGCGAGGUUGCGGAGGAAGCAGAUGUCCAGGUCCGCAUCGCGGGGCCAGACCCGAGCAGGCCUGCCGGCAGCGCGUGGGGCGGCGCCCGGGGUGCGGAGCUCCGCGAGAAGGCGCCCAACCUCCCCGCCAAGGGCGGCAAGAAGAGCGAGACUGGUACGGUGUAUCCCCCGCCGCUUUUCCUAGCCAAGCUCGUGAUGCAGGAGCGAAUGACGGCCAUCAGCGGACCAGGGGCGUGGGAGGCGCGAGCCCUUGAGCCGCUCAGGGCGAGGGUGAACGCGACAACUGACUGGUUAGUUUUCGACAUCGAAAGUACUGGUCGAGAAAAUUGGGGAUACGCAGAGGAGGCUCAGACGGAGAUGGAGGACGGCAUCGGGGAAGAGGAGAAGGUGGAGGGCCCAGAGAAGAACAAGAAGGAGUAUCCAGAGGCUUGUCCUUGGGAGAAAGUGGACAGUGGUAGAGGGGAAGCGGCCGAUAACCAUGGGUAUACAGUCGAGGCAAAGCUCGGCAAGAGGUACGUCGAUUGCGUAGUGAUACAGAUCGACGCCCUGCUGAUUACGGUCCGAUGGAAGGACGGCCGAGAUUCCACGGUAUGCAAGGCUAUAAGCUGGCGGAAGCCGCAAAGUCUAGAACAACCGAGCUCCAGCGUGGGUUCGGCGCACCUCGGGCCUGCCAGCCCGCCGCCGUGCGGGGCGCGGGCGCGCGCGGGCUGA